GACUCCCCAUCCCCCACCCCCGUUUGCGUUACAGAACCACAGAUCCGCUUCCAGGAGUUUAAGCAGACAGGCUUUCUUUGCAGUGCAUCGCAUCCCUCUGUGGAUUUUAGCGAGAUGCGAAGAUCAGGAAAGUCUGCCUGGUUUCUGGGAUUCCCGCGUUUCUUCCCUUUCUGUUUGUUUUUGCAGAGUGCUUCCGCGCAGAUCCGUUACUCUAUCCCGGAGGAACUGACGCGGGGUGCUUUUGUGGGAAACAUUGCUAAGGAUCUAGGGACUGACGUGGCAAAAUUGGCUGCUGCCAAUCUCCAGGUACUUUCUGAUUCUGAUUCUCAGUAUUUCUCUGUCAAUGUGAACACAGGGGUUAUAGUGGUCAACGACAGAAUAGACCGAGAACAUCUCUGUGAACAGAACUACCGGUGCUCUCUGCACCUGAAACUCGCAAUUGAAAACCCGGUGGAGUUGUAUCGCAUUGAGGUGGAAAUCUUGGAUAUCAAUGAUAACCCUCCGGCGUUCCCGAGUAGCGAGGUCGCGUUACAGAUCUACGAGUUGGCGUCUCUGGGUGCCCGCUUCCCCAUCCAGCCGGCGCAGGACCCGGACGUGGGCUCCAACGCUUUGCAGACCUACCACCUCAGCGCCAACGAGAACUUUAGCCUCAACGUGAAGGCGCGCACAGACGGAGGCAAAUUCCCGGAGCUGGUGCUGGAAAAGGCCCUGGACCGGGAGCACAGGGCCGUCCACUACUUGGUUCUGACGGCUGAGGACGGCGGCUCCCCGCCCAAGUCCAGCAAAGCGCGAAUUGCUAUCCAGGUCUUAGAUGCCAACGAUAACCACCCGGUCUUCGACAGGCCCUCGUACCGCGUCCGCCUCGUGGAAAACGCGCCCCUGGGAACCCUCGUGGCCAGGCUGAACGCCACGGACGUGGACGAAGGGCCUAACGGAGCCGUGCGCUACUCGCUGAGCAGCCACAACUCCGAAGCCUUGCGCGAGGUGUUUGCAAUAGAGGAUCAAACGGGAGAAAUCCGCGUUCGAGGGAGGGUCGAUUUCGAAGUGGCGGCUUUGUACGAGAUUGAAGUGGAGGCCAGGGACAUGGGCUCCCCUCCCAUGGAGGAGCACUGCAGUGUGGUGGUGGAGGUCACGGAUGUGAACGACAAUGCCCCCGAGGUAGCUGUCACCUCCUUCUCUAGCUCCCUGAGCGAGGAUGCCCCUCCUGGCACCGUAGUUGCCGUGCUACAUGUCAGGGACAGAGACUCAGGGGAGCACGGGAGGGUCCAGUGCCAGGUGCCCAGCGACCUCCCCUUCCUGCUGCGGAAAGACUUUGAGCACCAGUACUCGCUGCUCACCAGUGCCCCGCUGGACCGCGAGACCAUCCCGCAGUACAACGUCACCAUCUUCGCCGCUGACUUGGGGGAUCCCCCUCUCUCCCGACACAUCGUUCUCGCCGUUGCCCUUUCAGACGUCAAUGACAACCCGCCGCGGUUCGGGAGAGCUUCCUACGAGGUCAUGGUGGCGGAGAACAACCCGGCGGGGCGAGUGCUGCUCACUGUGUCUGCAGUGGAUCUCGACCAGGACCAAAACUCGCGGCUUUCCUACUCCAUUGUGAGCGGCCCAGACACAGGCCCUGCUGCCGACCCUUCCCGGUACGUCGCCAUACAUCCAAGCAAUGGGCAAAUUUCCUCCCUGCUGUCUUUUGAUUAUGAGCAAACCCCCUAUUUCCAGGUCCAAGUGGAAGUCUCAGACGGCGGCUCCCCACCUCUCAGCAACAGAGCCGUCGUGCACGUCUUUGUCACGGACCAAAACGACAAUGCACCCGGCGUGCGGUUUCCUGCGGCCGGGCGGGACGCGACGGUUCAGCUCAAGAUCCCUCGCUCUGUUCCCCCCGGGGCCUUAAUAGCCAAGAUCGGGGCGGUGGACUUGGACUCCGGACUCAACGCCUGGCUGUCCUACCACUUAGAGCAGGCUACGGAUGCCGGUCUCUUCAGCUUGGCCCUGCGCUCUGGAGAGAUCAGGACGGCCAGAGCCCUGGAGGAGCAGGACGCAGAGGCGCAGGAGCUCCUCGUGGUGAUUAAGGACGCGGGAGAGCCGCCCAUGUCCACGGCUGUCACUGUGCUGGUGCUCCUGGAGGAGGGUGUUCCGGAAGCCUUCCGGGGACUAAGGGCUCACACUGCAGAAAGCGAGAACAUCCCCGGCAUAACUCUGUACUUGAUCGCUUCUUUAGCAAUCGUCUCCGCGAUCUCCUUGGCUGGCUUGGUGGGUCUGGGUGUCCGAUGCCUCAGGCGUGAGACCCGCGCGGAGUCCUCCGGCCUCGGCUGCUGUGCCCAGGGGGACACACUCGGUCCUCCCCCGAACCACUUGUUAGGACACUUGCAGUACCAGCCCGGCGCAGCGGACACCAUGAUCGGUGUCCAGGUGACCCCCACGGCUCCCCCCGCCCGGGGAUACAGAUCCUGCUUUUCCCCAGUCUCGGACAUCAGCGAGUUCAUGUUCAUGAAACCCUCGGGAAACACCUCGGGCAGCAACGCACCUGAUCCCUGCUACUCUAGUGAGCAAGCACAGCCUAAUACUGACUGGCGCUUCUCUCAGGCCCAGAGACCUGGAACUAGUGGCUCACAGAAUGGAGAAGAAGGUGGAGCCUGGCCAAACAACCAGUUUGAUACUGAAAUGCUUCAAGCCAUGAUCAUGGCAUCAGCAAAUGAAGCUGCCGAUGGGAACUCCACUCUUGGUGGGGGAACUGGCACUAUGGGCCUCAGUGCAAGGUAUGGCCCCCAGUUCACACUGCAGCAUGUCCCAGACUACAGACAGAAUGUGUACAUCCCUGGCAGCACUGCUACUCUCUCCAACUCCUCAGGUAAACGAGAUGCAAAGAGCUCGGGAUCUUCAGGAGGAAACAAGAAGAAGUCAGGGAAGAAGGAAAAAAAGUAAAAUUGACAGGAGACGAUCAGCAGGUUAGACCUACAGAGCAGACCCCUCCAGCACUCCCCCAAAUCACAACCUAGGAUGGAGGGUGAAUGUGAAUUUUGCAUUGGAAAAGUAGGGACUAUUAUGAAUGCAUGUCAUUGUCAGAGCUAGGAGUAGAGAUCCUACUGUUAGCCCUCAUGAUAUAAAUCAAUCUGGAAACAAAAAAGCAAGUGCCCUGUUAAUACAAACUCAUAUUUUGUACUAUCACUCGGGUAAUUUAAUAUGCAAGGCUGUAAAGUCUUUAAAAGAUGUCUUUGGAUUUGGCUCACUUCAGAAUGGUUUGAGAAAGCUACAAGGCUUGUACUUGGCAUUGUCCAGUGUAAAUAAGUUUAACAUGGAGUUUUUUUUAUUUACAAACCACUGAUCAUUUUUCUGAGGAAAAAACAUUCCCAGAUUAGAGCUCAUGCUCCAUAUUUUGAUAUUUAACUUUCUUUUAGUAAACUUCACCUUGAUUACCCUUGAAGUUCCUAGUUAAGAAGUUGGUAGGGAGUGCUUAAAUUCCUGUUUACCUGUUAUUCUCAAAAAAUAAGUGUUUACACUGCACUAGUUUAAAGUAACAAGCUUAAAGUGCAUUUUAAACAUUCAUUUUUUAAAAAAAUGUGACCAAUGAUGGCCUAAAAUAUGGAACAAAAAUCAUGGUAUGUGAGAGACAGGAAAUGCAAUUGAACUGAAGUGGAAAUGGCCACAGUGCAGAACACACCAUUCGAAUUAUGAGAUGUACACACUACAUACUGUCCUAUUGAUUAUACAGGCCUCUACAAAUACAUCUCAACAAUUCAUUGCAGUAAAUAUUUAUAUGUACAGGAAAUGUUUUCUUGGAAUUAAAAGUUAAGAAAGUCCCCUGCUGUAAGCACAGAGAGCUAUGGCUCAAAGCAAUGAAAUAGCUAUCUAUGUCUUUAUUAAAGAUGGAUGCAUUUGGAGAGCAAUCUCUGAUCUACUCAUAGGGAACAGAGACAGAAUGCUUCACAUUUCUGUACAUUGCAUUGCAUGCAAAAUACUCACCUCAUGUCUACAGUAAGGUAACUAACUCCACCACACCCAAAGAAGCCAUUGCAUGUGUAUACAGCAUGAUAUAAAUGCACAGUCAGAUAAACAAGUCUCAGUGCAGACUGAGCAAUGUCUAUCUAGGAGUAGGGUUGAAUAAUAAAAGAGUCACUGCUUUCUCCUACAGCAGUGAUGAAAUCCACACAUUUCAUGUCUGUGCAGAGUUGCCAAAGAACAGGCUUAGUUCAUUGGCCUUCAGAACUGGAUACCAAGUAAGUGACAGUUGGUUUGCUGGAGCCAGGGGACCAGACUCAUAGAUAAAGGAUCCAAGAACUGGAGCUUAGCCUUUGCCACUGAUUACAAAGCCAGUGAGCCUGGGGAUGCUCACAAGCUGUCAGUCAGGAGACUAUGAGGAAGGAUUCUGAUACUUUUUGGGCUGUUACAGGACCAUUCAUUCACUCUAACCCAGAUUCUGACUGUACCCAGGAGAUCAUCUGAGACUCAAAAUAUGCUAGAUUUAAUAAGAAACAAACAAACUUUCUUUUGUUGUUGAUACCCUGGCAUUGGGAUUUUUAACCACAUUUAAUGGAGUAGAAUUAUCAGGGCCUCUUCACUGUGUGCCCCUGUAGCUGUGUUCCCUUUUCACUGCUGAUCCAAACAAAGUGAAGAGAGAGUGCAUUGUGCCCUUGCUACAUAGCCAGCUUGGCAUUAAGUCCUUGUAAACACUUAGUCAUCCAGGAAGGCUAUAUUAUGCCCUUAUACCCUAUUUAAUCCUGAAAGGUUGUGUGCGCCCUUUGCACUGGGCCAGCUUUCCAUAUCAAAGUAACUGUGACUGACCCAGGAAGGCAGAAUGGCAUGGUGUGUCUGUAGCAUGAAGAAGAAACAUGUAGAGAUAAGCACGAUGAGUUUUUUGUAACUUCUAAUGCAGAGCUCACCUGAGCAGAUCUAGCCUUCUAUGAUCACCUCAGGUUAACUGUAGACAGCUGGCAUGCUUAUCUGGCUUGUCAGUAACCCAGCCCUGGCAGUAUUCAGCAGAGCAUUGUGCACUAACUAAUGCCUCACUAGCCAAUUUCUGUCUCCCUAUGUCUAGAGAAGCAAGCCGCAUCUAUGGGAAGACCUUGUCUACAUACGAUUUUUUGUACUGAUCCCAGGCACCCCCUGUGGUGGCUGCACUAGAAAGAGUUUACACAGAUAGUAAGGCUUAUACAGACUAAUGUAGUUAUUAUGUGACCCUUCUAGAAGUACUGUAGAUGAAUUGUAGUGUUUAUAUUUCUUUUUAAUCAGCAAUCCAAGGUAGUAUAGAGAGUGUUGUAAUUAGUGGUGUGUUAUUUUUAUCUCAGUAACUAACUUGUGGGCAUCAGUAUUUUCAAUUUCUCUGUAUCUUCUUUCCUUGUGGUCUGUGCUCUAAGUGUAUGUGAAAUGAAACACACUUGUCCUUUCAAUGUGUCUAAUAUUGAAUUAUACUUAUAUAUUAUAUAUAUGCUUAUAUCCUUCUUAUACCCAUAUAGACCAAUGUCAAUGUGUUACAUGCAAGUUUUAUACUCUAAUAUUUAUAUUGCUUUUUUUCUUUGGGAAAAAAUAAUAAAAUGGUUUCUUCUGAACUG